UUUGAUUUUUAAUAUUAGCGAUCACCCUCCCCAGAAGCCGACAGAUCGACUGGAGUGAUCUAGCAGACAAGUCUCCUUGCAUCUGGAGAGUUUAACCAGUCUCACAACACUGCAGGUAGAGACGCCGUCUAACGUCAACGAACACGAUACAGCGUGGACUCGCUUUGCUAGCGUUUAUACCGGGAGUUCUUGGAAAACAUGCCUGUGGCAAGAAUGCGCAUGAGACCUUGGUUGGAAUUACAAAUCGAUUCUAACAAAAUUCCUGGAUUGUGUUGGAUAAAUAAGGAUCGACGGACAUUCCAGAUUCCGUGGAAACAUGCUGCUCGACAUGGAUGGAACCUGGAAACUGAUGCGUGUCUUUUCAGGAACUGGGCUGUACAUACAGGGAGAUUCAAGCAGGGAAUGGACAAACCUGAACCCAAAACAUGGAAAGCCAAUUUCCGUUGUGCUAUGAAUUCUUUGCCUGACAUAGAGGAAGUGAAGGACAAGAGUGUUAACAAAGGCUCCAGUGCGAUUCGAGUCUACAGAAUGCUUGUUCUGUCAACCCAAAAAGAAAAGAGGCCCCGUUUGUGCAAAGAAAUAAAAAGCAAGAAUAAAAGGACAAAGUCAAAGAUCAAGGAAGAAGCGCCAGAAUCUGCAGCAAUAACAUUACCAACUGAUCACACCACAUACACUGCAACAGAGCAAUAUACUUCACAGGAAAUGGUGGCUGACAGCACUGUGUCUAUAGAAGAAUUUGUUUCAUCAGAAUCUCAUGCAGCAGUGCAUCAACUGUCAGAAUGGAAUCGGAAUGGCAUGGGAGAGGAGUGCGAGCCCAUUGCCAGGUCUUGUGACUUGUAUCAGUUCCAAAUCUCUCCUUUACCCUCUCCUACAGCUGACCGCUUCUUGUCGGGAGAGGAAUGCACAGUGGAAUUAGUGCCAGAAAACAGUACGUGGGAGCACAACACCAUUGAAGGAAGGGGUUACUAUAGCAACGGAAUGGGGACCACUCCACUAAAUAUCGCUGGAUGUGACAUUAGGACAAGUGAGCAAGAAUCCUUGCAUCCGCUUUUCGAUGAUGCAAUAGAGUUUAUAGAAUAUGACUUCAGGCCACAGUUGGAGAUGAGGUCAGGAAUGGACCUAUUGAAUAUGAUAGAUUCAAAUUGGCAAACUGGAACUCUUAUUGGUUGCAUUUGAAGUCAGCGUGUCCUGCCUAGAUGAAUGGUCACAAUGUACAUAGACUUUUAUUUUACCCCUACUCUCAUUGUAAUUAUUACCAGACUUCCCGUACGUACAUCAACAGCCAGCAAAGGAAAUCACAUUAAACGGACUAUGGAAGACUAAAGUGAAAUAACAAUGACCACUAUUCCUCUGGCCAAGGCAAAGAAUAAUUCACCACACAUGGAUUCCGUUUGCUGUUCUUGUAAUUGGGCAAUAUCUGUUUUGGUUUUGUUUUUUUUUUUGCUUCUGUGUGAAACCAAAUGCUUUUACUCAUUCAGUUACAUCACCUUGAGCUCUGCUUGUACAAGAACAUUUAUAACGUGGAAAGAUUUGCGAGAAAGUUUGCAAGAGAAGAUAUUUCAGGAAAUCUUUAAGACAAUGCUGAUGGAACAAGACCCAGGAGUAUCUGUGAAUGCAAGGAACUGCAGAUGCUGGUUUACCAAGGGAAGACGCAAAGUGCUGGAUUAACUCAGCGGGUCAGGUCCGAUCAGCUAUCCAUGCUCUUCAGGAAUGCUGCCUGACCCGCUGGGCUACUCCAGUAUUUUGUGUCCUCCCCAAUAGUAUCUCCUACUGAAGAAGUAAAAUGUCAAACAAAAGAGUUUUCUUUCACUAUGUACGGAUAUUAUCUUAAAUGUUUCUCAACUUAAUUGUUCAUUUUUUUGAAAUCAUAAACAAAAACAGUGGAUCAAAUAGUCAAAUUAAUUAAAGGGCAGCAUUUUGUUAAAUUCAGUUGCAAAAAAAGUUAUGUUACCUCUCAAAGCAAAGUUUUCAACACUUUUAUUUGUAAGUAAAUACAAUUUAGCCAACACUGGAAUCGAAUUGCUUUAGAAGUUGUACAUAGAUUAUCAUGUUUAAGAGAUGCAGGAGUUUCACAAAUGACCUCACGGCGUAUAUGUGGUGAUGUCCAAGUCUCCCAGUUUGUAUUUUUCAACUUAAUUGGUGGCUUCACAAAGAUUUGUUGGAUGUUUAUGAACAGCACUAUAUUAUAUUUUGUUUACAUUUUUCAAUGUGAACGUUCUUAAAUUUGUAUUAUACCAAUUGCUACUGUCAAAUAAAUACUUUUGAUAAAUA